CGACCACAUGGAAGUUCGUGCUGCUCGGACUGGCCUUUGUCUGCCUUCUUGUUGGUUUUCUGCUAUUGGGAAUGGGAGCCAUGGCCAACAAGAGCAGAAAGAAGAUUGCAAAGUACAAGGCAGCAGCUGCCAUGGCUCAGAAGAGUGAAGGUGAGGAACUGCUGAUCAUUUCACUCAGAGAUGACAGUAGCAGCAAACCAUCCCUUGACAGCCUGCAGCAGGGAAACAAACCUUCCAAUGGGGAGGUGAGUGAGCUCAAAGCAGGAAACAUAGUAGUCACAUGGAAAGAUGGCAAUACUUCCUGCCUAUACUCAGAUACUGCAGCAGUGGAGGAGAAACAGGAGGAGGCAGCUGCUGAGCCUGAGGCUGAUGAAGCAGUGAAGACGAUGGAGUGAAGAGUUCCGAUAACACAUUACAACAAGUGUGAAUAAUCUCAGCCUGUGACACAGUGUUACCAUGGUCCUCUACACCUCUCUCACAUACAGUUAAACUUUCACCACUUCUUGCUAGAAGCAUGUACAACUUGCAAUACAUGCAGCCUGGUAGUUCAACAGACUAAUCAGUCCUUGACAUUGUUUGAAUGUUAAAUGUAGGGGUUAUACCAUAUAUAUAUAUUGCCAACAGUGCAAGACCAAAGUUUAUGUUACUCAAUAGGCUAGUUCAACAUUUUGGGAAAUAUACUUAUUUGCUUUUCUUUCUAAGAGUGAACGUUUCUCUUUUGUCUGUAUGCUAAGUAGGCUAAAGCCUACAGGGAAGUAGGUUAUCUUAGCAUAAAGACUGGAAACCACUAAUCUGGCUCUGUCCAGGUCCAACACAAUUUUAAUUCUGAAAUAUAUUUUUUUAAAUAAAAAAUCGUUUUUGUUAUUGUUCUCGCUCAACUAAGCCCAACAUGCAUCUCUGCACCUUUUCACAGCCGGUAUACAUAAAUAAAAAUAAAAUUACUUUCACUUAAGUGUGACAGUUAAAUUGCACCGUACAUUUGGAGAUUAAUUUUAUCCAAAGCCUAAGUAUAUAUAUAUAAUGCACUGGUUGAACUUAGUUUUAGCUCGUAGCCCCACCUGGCGGAAUCCACGCUACUGGAUUUCACAUGUUAAUCUGUGACAUUUCAAGACGCUGAUAAGCUAAUUUUUUUCAUUUAACCUUUAUAAAAAGCAAGACUAGCUCUUUUUCCAUUUCCAGUCUUUUUACUAAGUUAGGCUAACUGUCUCAUGGCUGUAGUUUGGUAUUUCACAUAUCUAAGCUGGAAUCGGUGGGAAUUGUUGCAUACUCCUUACAAAUAACUUUAUAAAGAGUAUGGUGUACACCUGCUCUAUUUGAGUGUCCCGAGAUAACUUCUGUUAUGAUUUAGUGCUAAACAAAAAAAAAAGCUCACCAAUGAACACAAUGCAUCUUGUUUGUUUAAUCUGUACACAAAAAUAAACAACACAUUCUCACAGGUUGUCAGAUACCAACGCUCCUUUCUUACACCCCUAAGCGUCUCAUACACACGGUAAAUGGACCAAAGGGUCACGACAAAACUUCUGUAUUUAACCGCCUGCAAAUAAGAACAGGCUAAAAUAAAUGUUAAAUCAACAAGUUGUAGUUUUAGGAAGAGUUCCAUGCUGUAACUGUGUCAGACAGCAGCCAGGUGUAGUGACUGUGUGCAGUUUCUUGGAGUCUUGUUGUCAUGGGGAGGUUGUAGUGUGGUGACCUAAAUUCAAUUUUAUUUUAUAGUAUAUUAG